UGAGAGUUCAGCGUGAGAAGGCGCGCACUGCUCCAGCGAUGCGGGGGGGUUCUGUGCGCCCGGGAACGACGCAAAGACGACCGACCAUUUUCGCUCAGGAACGUCGAUGGCCUGCUCUUCAGUGAAUCAUAUCGUGCUUAACACGGUCGCCUUACAGCAAGCUCAAGUGACGAAUGAAUGCGCCUCGACAGCAUCUUUGUUGGAGUUCACGUCGAGGAGUGUGCUGCAAAAACAAGGAGGUGAGAACACCACGCGGCGUCGUUGCAUGGACUAUCGUACGCAUGCGCCAACUUUCUAUCGUACGGGGCAAACAUGUCCGCAGCUUGAAAUGACCAGGAGUCUGGCGACAUGCAUGAAGUCUGCCCAGGACUGCUGUAGAAGGAACAGCCGUGCGACGGGUGGGAGUGCAAUGAGCUUCUUCCACACAACAGCAGCAAUCUUGGCCCAAUUCUGGUGUUGGGUCACUUACUGGCCCUCUAUGUCCAUCCUCGUUCGGUUUGUACCAAGAUGCUGGAACAAACUCACAACGUGCUUCUUCAACAUGCAGGUGAAAGCCAUCAUGCAAGGUCGCGUAGAUGUAUUCAUCUCAGAGCCGGCUGAUGCAUGCAGACUGUUGUCUUCGAAGUGCCGAUGCUGCUGUAGACGCGGCCACCAUGGGAAUUCGUGUUGUGCUGCUGUACAAGAUCGUGCCGCAAUAAUGGCAUGUCAGAUAUCUGUCGAAGAGUAGUUCAGUGA